GACAUGUGAGACUUCUGCAGCUUGAACAAUUAACACGAUUUUCUCCAGCAAGGGUUCGAAUUUUAUGACACGUUACGAAGUGCGCACUCAUAAAAAGCAGAAUUAGCUCAAUCGAAAUGCAUUUGGUGCUUAUCUGUUCUGAAUGGUUUCAAAAGUAAAGACAAGAUUUCAGCUUCUCAACUUGACUGAGCAGGUCUAAAACUUGUUCAUUUAUAUUACCUCACACUGUCAUUUGAGCGACAAUCUGAAAGCUGCAAAAAUGGGAGGCGGUUCAAGCAUGCCAGAAGUCGGCAUUGGUGAUAUCUUCUAUCCUGAUAAUCCCAAGAGAAGAGCUCGUGCUGAACAGCUCUCGAACGAAACAAAAUGGUGGUGUGCAACGUUUAACGAACACAAAAAAACACUUGAUAGCCUUGAGCCAGUUGUACGGGGUCGAAUUGAUGCGUAUCUCAAGAAAUUCGGAUACGCCACGCUUGACGAUCUUGUGAGCAAGGUCGACAGCACAUUGAGUGGGGAUGCCCUCAAGGAGUGGACAACUCUUAAGACAAGUCUUUCACAGGAACACUGGCUAGACAACUUCUUGCUGACUAUCAGCGGUAUAGUGGCUGCCGGCAGUGGAAUAGUCCUUGGAGGCCUCGUGUUGUUUUCCGUUAUCUCUGGUCCAGUGGGGUGGUCCGUUUUCGCUGGUGUCAGCGCCGCAAUGGGGGUGGUAGCUCUAGUCGCAGGUUUAAUAGAUGUCAUAAACGGAGGACAAGAGAGACAGAAACUCCGAAAAGCGAUCGACGACCUGUAUAGUGCGCGACUCCAGGCAGCUCAAGCUUACCGAAAGCUUGAGGUCUACAACAACUGGGUUAUUUUAUUCAGCGAUUUUUUCAAGGACGAGUGGAUCGAGCUGAGCCCAGAAAUCUUCGAGAAGAAGUUUGGACAAGGCUUCCGCAAUGAUUUUUACAAGUUCGACAAAAGCACUGUUGCGAAUGAACUCAAACAACAUGAUCGAGAAGUGAAUGCUUGGACCAAUGAAGAUCCGGCUAACGCCAAUAUCAGUAGUAUGAUGCUCACCGCAGCAACAAUGCCGAUGUUUACUGCAACGAUGGUACAGGGUGAGACUGCUCUGCCUGAAUCUAGCUAUGGAGGCACUGUCGAUGUGUCGGAGACUAGCAAACCAGAAGUGUUGAGCAAUCCAAUAGUCGAGGGAAUCUUGGAUGUACAUGUUACAGCCGAUGGCGGAGUCCAGAACAAUCUGAGAGUACAGCUGCAAGAAGUUCUGUCAACGACUGCUUUCACCGUGUUAGACCUGGCUACAUCCGAAUUGCUUGGAGUUCGUGCAGAAGUAGCUGAUUCAAUCAAACCAACAAAGACGUUAGAGGAUAUGAAAUUCUCUAUUACAAAUUUCUCUACGAUGGAGACAUUACAUAAUUGUAUAUUCUCAAAGCAGAUACUCGCUAUAUAAUACUUAUAUUACUUAACAAUUAAAAAGUUAACUAACUACUAUACACCUAACUACUAUACACCUGAUAUUAACGUUUUAUCUGGUAUUAACUCAAAUUCAGGGUUUUUAGGGUCUUUUAUAUAUAUAUAAUUAUAUUUUUAUAAUUCUAAUUCCUAUACA